AGGCCCUAGGAGCGCUUUCCGCUUUCCGCCCCCACCCUUCUCACGUCUGACCGAGUCUGCUGACAGACCCUGACGUGUUGGAUGAGCAGACACCUCUGGAAGAAUCAGCUGUGUGAGAUGGUGCAGCCCAGUGGCGGCCUGGUAGGGGACCAGGACGUGCUGGGUGAAGAAUCUUCUCUGGGGAAGCCCGCCAUGCUGCAUCUGCAGUCAGACCAGAGCACUCCUGAGACACUUCAGCGCUGCCUGGAAGAGAAUCAAGAGCUCCGAGAUGCCAUUCGGCAGAGCAACCAGAUGCUGCGGGAGCGCUGUGAGGAGCUGCUGCACUUCCAGGUCUGCCAGAGGGAGGAGAAGGAGUUCCUCAUGUGCAAAUUCCAGGAGGCCAGGAAGCUGGUGGAAAGACUGGGCCUGGAGAAGCUUGAAAUGAAGAGGCAGAGGGAGGAGGCCCUGCAGGAGGUGGAGCACCUGAAGAGGUGCCAGCAGCAGAUGGCUGAGGACAAGGCCUCAGUGAAAGCCCAGGUAACAUCCUUGCUGGGGGAGCUCCAGGAGAGCCAGAGUCGCUUGGAGGCUGCCACUAAGGAACGGCAGGCUUUGGAGGGCAGGGUGCGGGCAGCCAGCGAGCAGGCCAGGCAGCUGGAGAGUGAGCGGGAGGCGCUGCAGCAGCAGCACAGUGUGCAGGUAGACCAGCUGCGCAUGCAGAGCCAGAGCAUGGAGGCCGCCCUGCGCAUGGAGCGCCAGGCCGCCUCGGAGGAGAAGAGGAAGCUGGCCCAGUUGCAGGUGGCCUAUCACCAGCUCUUCCAAGAAUAUGACAACCACAUCAAAAGCAGCAUGGGGGGCAGUGAGCGGAAGCGAGGAAUGCAGCUGGAAGAUCUCAAGCAGCAGCUGCAGCAGGCCGAGGAAGCCCUGGUGGCCAAACAGGAAGUGAUCGACAAGCUGAAGGAAGAGGCCGAGCAGCACAAGAUUGUGAUGGAGACUGUUCCGGUCCUGAAGGCUCAGGCGGAUAUCUACAAGGCGGACUUCCAGGCUGAGAGGCAGGCCCGGGAGAAGCUUGCUGAGAAGAAGGAGCUUCUGCAGGAGCAGCUGGAGCAGCUGCAGAGGGAGUACAACAAGCUGAAGGCCAGCUGCCAGGAGUCGGCCAGGAUUGAGGAUAUGAGGAAGAGGCAUGUAGAGGUCUCCCAGCCACCCCUGCCUCCCCCGCCAGCUCCUCACCACUCCUUUCACCUGGCCCUGCCCGGCCAGAGGAGAAGCCCCCCUGAGGAACCGCCCGACUUCUGCUGUCCCAAGUGCCAGUAUCAGGCUCCUGAUAUGGACACCCUGCAGAUACAUGUCAUGGAGUGCAUCGAGUAGGGCCAACGAGUGCAAGGCCACCUGCAGAUGACAUGCCCAGGACCAUGCAGUCAGUGCCUUCCUCUCCUGCCUGCUUAGUCUGAGAUUAAGGACUAGAUGACAGAGAGUGGGCUGCUGCUUCAAGCCCCAGGAGCUAGCUGCAGGGCCUCUUCCCCUCCCCACCAGGGAGCUCAAGGAUGGAAAAAUUCAUACUCUUUUCAUUCUAUUUUUCCAUGAACUUCUUGAAGCACCCUCAUACCUUUUCCUGCUUUGACUUUGCUAUUAGUGUUUUUUGGCCUUGAACUUUUUUAUCUUCAUGUAGUCACAUUUAUCCAUUUUUUUCUUUCACUGCUUUGGGUUUGGAGUUGUGGUCACCUCCCAGUGUGACAGAAGGAUGCUUCACACAUGUACACUUUCCUUUUUCUGACACCCGAAGCAUGCUUGUCUUUGUCAAGAGCAUUAUCGCCCAGUGAGAGCAGUGGUGACAGUGUUUGAUCACAUUCUAGGAGUUUGUGAUGCCGUUUCCUACACUAGCCCCAAAUGCUGUUGCCUUGCAAAUUGAAGCCACUUGAUGGUGAUUGGCGGAUUAUGAAUAACAGAGGACUCUUCUCUUGUUUUGCAAGGUUCUGGACAUUUCCUAGGAUGUCAAAGCUGUGGGCAUUAACCCUGUAAGGGAAAGGAAGUCGGGAAGGAAUGCAACGUGUCUGCACCAUGGACUCCUCAGUGCCGGGCCUGCCUUCCUGCCCUCUUCCACACCCCCCUGCUAGGGAGUGUGAUGUCGUGAAUCCGUCUCUGGGCUUUCUCACAGGGCUUCCUGCUAUUUGACAGUGAGAGGCCUGAUAGUAUUAUGAUAUAAGGCCUUCUGAAAAUAAGCCUGGGCUGGGGGCUUGCUCAAAUCUGCAGGGGGUGGGGAGUGACUUUUCCAUUUCCUAAAGCCCAGGCAUCUAUCAAAUUACACUUUGAGAAAAUGUUAAAGGUACAGACAGGUUCUCUGCUCGUGGUAUUGCAUUUAAAUCCUAAUAAUUUUUCUAAAAGGACACUUCUAGGUUUUUUUUUUUGUGGGGAGGUGGUAUGAGUUUUCUGUGGCUGCUGUAACAAAUUACGACAAAUAUGGUGACUUAAAACAACAGAAACUCAUUCUUUCACGGUUUUGGAAGGCAGAAGUCUGAAAUGAAGUUGUCAGCAGGGUUGGUUUCUCUGAGAAUCAGCUGCAGGUCUCUUUCCCAGCUUCUGGUGGUGGCCAGUAAUCCCUGGCGUUCCUUGGCUUGUAGACUCCAAUCUCUGUUUCUGUGGUCAUGUGGCCUCCUCCUCUUUGUGUCUUGUCUUCUGUCUCUUAUAAAGACACCAGUCAUUUAAUCCAGGAUGAUCUCAUUCUCACCUUCAUUACAUUUGCAAAGACCCUUUUCCCAGAGGAGGUCAUGUUCACAUGUUCUGGGGUUUAGGAUAUGCACAUAUCUUUUCGGGUUCACCAGGCCACUAUGGGGACAUCUUCCAAAGCCACAGAUUAGGGCAAAUGCAGUCUGAAGGCAGGUGACUCCAGGACCUGCAGCUCUGCUAGAGGGACUUGGUUUUUAAGGUAACAGUGGCUGCCAGGCUGAAGAGUUUGGUGCAGGGCAGGUCCUUGCCCUUCUGGGCAUAGGGACAUCUCGUCUCCAGGUGGACAUCACUGCUGGGGCCAGUGGACGUAGUGGGAGAGCUGAGUAGGCUGCAGUAUGAUGGAGCUGUUGGGCUACCUGUGCCCUGGGUAGUAGCCACCGGCUGUGUGGGGAUGGGCUUUGUGCUUCUCAGGAGGGUGAACAGAGGCUCAUAUGAGCCCUUCUCUGACUAGCACUCUCUUCUGAAAGGGACUUAAAAAGAAAGCAGAUGGGACCCAGGAACAGCGAGGGAGGCAUUUGUUUUCCCGAGGAGCUUUUCCACAUGGGCUGCACAGCAACAUCGUCUGGGAGUUUGAAAAAUGCUCCUGCUUGGGGCUCUGGACCAGUUGAAUCAGAAUCUGGGGCUGGGAACAGGCAUUGCUUGAGACCCACCGCCUUUCCCAGAGGCUGGGUGCCCUUGCUGCCUGUCUCCUUCCUUCCUCUGUAGCACCGUGUAGGGCUGGCCAUACAUUAGGUACCAAGGAUUUUGAAAUUUACCAUUUGCCCAGAAGUAGGUUGAUUGCUUUCAUCCUUCCUGGGUUUACUUAGGUUGAACUUCUAGAACAACUGGUUGGAUUGCUGUGGGGGGUGGGGGGAACCAGCCUGCUUGCCCUUAUUAGCUGUGGCCCUUCGGUCUAGACAGCUGGAAGCACGUCCUGCCUGGAACCUGUUGAUCCCCACUGCUCAUGCAUGCUUUCCUUCCUGCUGGUCAAUGCACAGAGAAAUCCAGAUGCCCAAUAAGCACAGUAAGAAAGCAUUUCACCCUCACUAGUGACUACAACAACACAAACUCAAACAGUAAGCGGAAAGUGGUGUCAUAAUAGCAGCAAAUGAAGCCCUCUGUGUGCUGCCCUGUGAUGUUGCCCCUUCCGAUUGGGCCAUUUCAUGGGAUGGAACAAGCCCUUAGGGAGUGUCCUCAGCCCUCUUAACCCUAAGAGACAAUCGGGUGCUCACAGUGGCUUCGGCGUUGGCGAGGCAGUCAAUGCACCACCAGAGGCUGUGGUAAGACGAGAGGCUACACAUCUGACACGGGCCGCACAGCCAGCAUGUUGAGCAUCUCAUCACAUGGAACACGGACUGUAGUAUGUUGGUGUGAAAAGGCCAAGAGACUGGCUUAUGAAUAACGUGUGACCCCAAUAAAGAAGUAAAAGCGAGCUGGCCGGUUGGCUCAGUUGGUUGGAGCGUGGUGCUGAUGACACCAAGGUCCAGGGUUCCAUACCUGUACUGUCCAGCUGCCGAAAACCAAAAAAACUAAAAGCUGCAAGCACACACCUUGCUGAUGUGGGCAGCGGGCUUAGCAGUAAUUAUGUUUUACAUCUAUAUUUAUAUAUUUCUAAAUGCCUGUAAUUUGCAUGUAUUACUUUGAUACAUAGAAAAUAUAUGUACCUGCAAAGUCAGCCUGGUGUUAAUGUAGCUCCGAGGUUCUGUCUGUGCCACUGACUGGGAGGGGCUCACUGUUGAUACAGCUGUUUGUCAAAAAUGGUGCAAGUGGCUGACUCAGUACCCCUGUGGGGCUGGUAUUUCCCAUGGCCGCCGUAACAAAAGUUACACAAACUGGGGGGCUGAAACAACAGAAAUGUACUGGGUCCCAAUUCUGGAGGCCAGAAGUCUCAGAUGGAGGUGUCAGCGGGGUGGGGUUGGGUUCCCUGUGAGGGUCAUGAGGGAAGAUCUGGGCCUCUCCAGCUUCGGCUGGUGGCUGCAGUCCUUGGCAUUCCUCUCCAAUCGCUGCCUUUGUCACCACGUGGCCUUUGUGUGUGUCUCCAUGUGUCCUCUCUUUUUAUAAGGACACCAGUGUCAAAGGUAAGCAAAGCAAACAUUUGUUAAAUCUCUGAAACCAGAGUUUUUUGAGUAAUUGCUGACAGUGGGGGAAAGAGCUGAGCUCUAUCCUGGCCUGUGCAGAGGUGACUGUUUCAAAGGGAGAAUGUGGGAGUUGGGAGGGGGCGAGUGGGGCUCAAGUGAAAAGUGACAAAGGGUAGUCAAUGUCCAUGUGAGGCCAGCCGUGUCUAUGAGCUACCAGUUAUCGAAGUUAAGAUUCUGUCCUCCCACAGAGACAGGGAGACAGGGGCCCUGUCCUCCCUGAUGAUGACAUUGCAGAGGAAUGCACAGACAUCUCAAAGAGACAGAGGAAGGAUUCACAGUUGUAGGCCCUUUCUGGUAAACGCUCUGUGUUGGAACAAAUAGUCGCUUCUUUUCAUGGCCCUGAGUGUUCCCAGAUAGGAACUCAAAACGGGGUUAGAGGCAUCCUAGGAUGCAGCCUCAGGCUUCCAGAAGCUGUGUUAAAAUUUGGUCAAGGCUCUUAGUGCAGGGGUUUGAAUGGAGUGUUCGUGCCGAGAGUGCCAUCUCUCUCUCCUCUUUGGACACCUGGCUGGCCUCCCACCCCCGGCCACUCCUCAGGCUCGUUGCUGGCUUCUCCAGUCUUCAAGCCUAGUCCUGGGUUCUUGUCUCCUUGCCCAGACACUCUCCCUUGGUGAUCUUGUCCAGUGUCAAGGCCUUGAUGCUGACGACUCUCAUUUCGAUCUUUAGCCUUGAUCUCUUCCUUUAUGCACAUGAACUUGGCAUCUUACACCAGCCUGUUCAAACUAGAACUGGGCUUUUAACCCCUCCCCAACUCUGACCAUUUCCUUUCCAUAGUCCCCAUCUAGCUACAUGGCCCAGUGUGCCCAGUUGCUUAAGCCAGAAGCCCACAAAUUGGCCUGAUUGCUCUUUCUCUUGCCCUCCAUGUCAUGUCUCCUGCUGGUCCACUGUGCCCAGCCACACCACACUGGCCUGUUUUCUCUUCCUUGCAUGUCUUACUUAAGGCCUGUGUCCCCAUUGUCCUCUCUGCCCUCCUGGGAAUGCUCUUUCCCCUCAGCUUUGCAUGGCUGAGUUUUUUUUUUGUCGUUCAGGUCUAAGUUUAAACAUCAUCUCCUUCACGUAAACUCUUUAUCCUAAAUCGCAUUACACUGUUUUAAUUCCCUGGCUGGCAGUUCAAAUGACCUAGUUUUCUUCUUUUCUGUCCCUCCACUAGAGGGAGAGCAGGGGCCUCAUCCAGCUCAUUCAGGCAGAAUCACCUAGAACAACGCUCAGCACAUUUAUUGGUGUUGUGAGCUUGUCUCGAACUCCAUCAGGAUUCCUCUGUCAGUAUUUUUGCAGACAUCACACUGUCACCAUAAGUGGUGCUUGGUAGAAAUUGCUGCAUUCAUGUGAUAGAGAUAACACUGAAAGCCUAUUUUAGAGAUGUGAUGACUAACUUGAGGAGACUCGGGUCACAUGGACAAGUCCCACUCUGCUCCCUUAAUCUCUCUGAGCCUCAGUUUCCUCAGCUGUAAAGUGGGCAGAACGCCAUCCGUGUGCUGCAGAGCUACUGCUGAGAGGGUGCACAUAAUGCACUGAAGGCGGGCCCGAGCCAAGAUGGAAGAGAAAACUGUAAACGCAAUUCCAGUUUAGACUGUGCCCCAAACUGGAUUUUCCAUUAGAUUAUAAUUCCUCUAUUUAGGGUUCAAAAUGUUGCCCAAGGAAAGCCAAUUGGUGGUUGCCUAGUGGUGGAAGAGUUGAGGGGAAAAGGGGAGGUGAGAAUGUCCUGAAAAUGGUCAUGGUGAUGUAUUGGACAUAUCUAUGAAUAUACUAAAAACCAUUGAAUUGGAAACCACUUUAGAUGGAUGAAUUGUACUGUAUGUUAAUUAAACUUCAAUAAAGCUGUUAUUAAAGAAAUGUC